UAUACAGAAAGAGAAGCAAUAUAGGAGCAAAUACACUGCAAGCAGCUGCACUGCAUCAUCUAUCACAUAUUCGUCUCCCUCCCUCCCUCUCUCCCUCCUCUUACUGCCUCUUUCUCUCUCUCUCUCAGCAGCUCUUCGGUUCAUUUUUAAGCUGAGGAUCUCCGAUACAGCCACAGCUUCUCCCCUGCAUUCCUAUGGGACAGUUACAAUGACAACAUCCCCCAAUCUCCUGGUGCCAGUGGAAGCAAAGAUCCUGCUGAGCACAUGGAACGAGUCCAGGGACAUGGUUGGGACUCAGUACCCCAUCAGUCUGAUCCCCAGCAAUAAAAAUACUAACAGCACCAGUGCCCCCUUGGAGAAUGAAAAGAAUGUCAGCAUGAUAGUUAUCCAGUUCAUAUAUGCCAUUGUGUGCCUGAUUGGGCUAAUUGGAAACUCCAUGGUGAUUUUUGUGAUUUUAAGAUAUGCCAAGAUGAAGACUGCCACCAACAUUUAUAUCCUGAACUUGGCCAUCGCAGACGAGCUGUUCAUGCUGAGUGUCCCCUUCUUAGCGGCAUCUGCUGCCCUACAGCAUUGGCCCUUUGGAUCAGGGAUGUGCCGCACGGUUUUAAGUGUGGAUGGUAUCAACAUGUUCACCAGUGUCUUCUGCCUAACUGUGCUCAGCGUGGACAGGUAUGUGGCUGUGGUCCAUCCACUGAGGGCUGCCCGGUACAGGAGACCCACUGUGGCCAAGAUGAUAAACAUUUGUGUUUGGAUUGUGUCCCUCUUGGUCAUUUCCCCAAUUCUGAUCUUUGCAGACACUAUGCCAUCCAAGAACGGAGUGGUAGUCUGCAAUCUUAUGUGGCCCCAUCAAACAUGGUCUGCUGUGUUUGUUAUCUACACCUUUUUGUUGGGAUUCUUCCUACCUGUGGUGGCCAUCUGCUUGUGUUACAUCCUUAUCAUCAUAAAAAUGAGAGCCGUGGCACUGAAGGCAGGCUGGCAGCAGAGAAAGAAAUCUGAGAAGAAGAUCACCCGAAUGGUCCUCAUGGUUGUUACAGUGUUUGUCAUUUGCUGGAUGCCUUUCUAUAUAGUGCAACUUCUCAACCUAUUCCUGCCCCACAUGGACGCCACCAUCAACCAUAUCUCCCUUAUAUUAAGUUAUGCCAACAGUUGUGCCAAUCCCAUACUCUAUGGAUUCUUCUCGGACAACUUUAAGAGAUCUUUCCAGAGGAUUGUUUGCUUUCGCUGGCUUGAGAAUGGCACAGAUGAACCAGUGGAUUAUUAUGCCACAGCUUUGAAAAGCAGGGUGUGUAAUAACAACCCACUGGACUUCCAGCAGGAGCCCCUUCAGUCCGACCCUUGUUAUAAGCAUGGCACAAUCACAAGGACAACGACACUAUAGCACAGUGCCUGCAAAUGCCUUGUUAAUAACUGCUGCUAACCAGAUGUGCUACUCCUCAACAAAGAGGUUUUCAUGUAUGUGAAAGUGUUUUGGGUGUUUGUCUCCUUUGUUUUAAUGGUGGAACCCACUUUGUGUAAUAAGAAAUGACUGUGCCCUUCUACCCCAUCCCUGUGUUUUAUUCACAUGGCUUCCUCUGUAGCAUCUGUAGCAAUUCCCAUCACUGGUACAUUAUCUGCAAGAAUUCUUUCUGUUCUGCAGGGAAUUAAGUAGCAGUAAAAGAACCAAACCCAACUUGAGAAGUCAAGGAGCGUAUAGAAACAGUUCCAGUAUAGGAGCAAUGUGUCCUUCACACAGGGCAUAACCAUGUCCUGAUGGCACAGCUGGCACACACAUGCUACAGUGACUUCAGUGGACAUAAGGAGGUUUCCUUCAACCCAUUACACAUAAAUCAGUUUCCAUACUUCUACAGAAUGUACAUGCUGUAUAUUAAAUACAAACCCUGCAUGGCUAAUUAGCAAUUAAUUUACACACAUUCUGCAAGUUGCAAUCAUUUCUGUGUUUUAUGCAACAAAAUCAAAUGCUAAUUAGCCAAUGAGCAAGCAGAUUUGACGUGUCUGAUUUUAAAUGGACGAGGAGACAAAUGUAUGUGUUUUGUAUCUCAGGAAACCAGAUUUGGACUUUGGUCACGUUCUGUUUCCCCCUCCUGCUUAGGGUAGGAUACCAUAGUCAACUCUUCACGAUGCUGGAAGUUGUAGUUCAAAACAGCUGAAGGAAUGCGUGUCAGUGUAAUAAGCGGAAGUCUUUGCUGGGAAUCCCUUCUGAUAAAACAGUUUCCAUCUGCAAGGAUUUAUGUGUAGAAGAUCUUGUUGGAGCCAUGUAUCCCCCCAGCUGCUUCAAAACACCAGAUGCAACUGAAAACAAAUGUUCUGUAAAAGUAUGGAAACACGAUCACACAGAAACUUUACUUCAUUCCUUAAAUCAUUUUGGUUGCUCUUUAAUAAUCUGUAUGUUCUUGCUCAUGCAGGACUGAGGCAGCAGGCAGGAUGAGAAACACAGCAACCUUUUAUAUGACAAUGUUUGUAAUAUCUUGAACUCAUUUGCCAUGAAUGGUUUUGCCAUAGGCUAUGGAAGCCCAACCCACUGGCCCAAUCAAUGGAUUUCUACAAGUGGACAUACAUAUGUAUGGCCACAUUCUUAUUGGUGUGAAUGAUUGGGACUGCAAGAAGUGAAGAAAAGCUGCAGCUCCUCUUCACUUCUUCGCCCUCCUGUGCAUGUAGACUCCCCAAUACAAUGCAACAGCAGAUGGAAUUUCUAAACAUAUCCCAUAGUCUGCAAUCUUAUAGAAUGACAGAAUGAACAGGCAAAAUCCCUUCAACUUGACAUACAUGUCCAGACAGUUGGGCAGUACAGGCAAAAUCUACCUGACCAAAUCUGGGUAUGUAUAGCCAGCAUUAUUAUGUGCUAUACGUUUGCUGUUAAGCUCUGUAAUAUGGUAUAUUCUUUUCUACAAGAUUUAUGUUCCUGGGAACCUUCCUGAUUUUCUUUUACAAAUAUUCACGUCUAAUGUUUGACAUAUGUUGACUAAGAAGUCACAUCAUAAAAUGAAAUAAGAAAAUAUAUAUAUUUUUCCCCUAAUUCUUUUUUCUAUUGAGUAAAGAUAACUUAUAUGUUGAGAAUCCAGGAGUAUGUACUGCAUUUCUCACACUUUCCAAGCGGUGUAUUGCUAGCCCAUACCCCCCAAAAAACUGAAAAGACCUUCAUGUAUGUCAGAGCCAGAGUGGCAAAAUGCAAUGCAAAAUUUGUGCUUUUCAACAUUGUCACAAUGGAAAACAUAAACAAAUUAAAAAUGUAGUUAUAUAUUCACUUAUGUUGAGGGCAAAGAGCAUCCCCACCUGUUAUAUGCUUUGCAAUUACUUUAAAAUGUGGGUUAUAGUGACACAAUGAGUAUUCCAAAAAUACUGUUGCCUUCUAUUACCCUCUUCAGAUUUUACCUUGCCAUCGAUUCUCCAACCCAAAGUAAUGGUAAUGGCAUACAGGGUGAUUUGGAGCAUUAUCUAGCUCUGAGGCACAGGGGGGUCACCCCAAAUGCUCCAAUAACCUCUCCAUUAUCUUCAAAUUGAGAGUGCCUGGUUUCAGUUAAUGAAGCUGCAAUUAGAAUUUUGCCCCCUAUCCAUGGAGCAAAAAAAUGCUCUGAGUUGCCCCUUGAGCCAUUACCCUAAGGGUGGGCUGCAACAGGGCACACACACAUACUAAACAUAUCUACUAUUAGGACAAGUAAAAAUGUUAGAGUAGGGUAAAGUGCAGCUAGUUUCCAUCUGUGUGGACCGGUCUGAAGGCCAGUUAAGGGGAGAUUUAAAAUGGGCAUUUAAUUGCUGACAUAUUUAUGGAACUGUAGCAGAAUAUACAUAUUGGAUGGCACUGAGGGACUUCAAACCACAAAUGUCUGAUGUGGUUAAUAUACAGCUUUUGGAAUAUCCUUACAACUGAAGAAUGUUGGGGUUCUGGGAGCUGUUGUUCCACAUGAUCUAGAGAAUCUAAGGUAACAUAUCCGUGUUAAAGCCUAUUUUAUCCACGAGGCUUACAUUUAACACAACAGAUGCAAGCAUAUUAACAUAUUUAUUUACACAGCCCUCACUAUGCUGCAUGCUCAAUGGUGAAAUCAAUACUUUUUUUUCAGAGCUGGCUACUUAGAUAACAUUUUUUUUCUUAUGGGGACAAUGUGCCCUACCAUUUGUAGUCCAUGUGGCAUGUCCGACAGACACUACUGAGGCUUAGUUUAGCUAUGAGUAGCCGGCUACAAGUCACUGGUGUGGCACGCUUGUACAUAGCACUGUACUGCUUUACUGCUGCAGGUACUUGCUGCUGUACUCGAUAUAACCGAUAUGACCAUCAAUCUGAUCUUACCACAUUAUUACAGUGCAGACCCUAGAAAAAUAGGGGCAUUGUUUCUGUCUGGGACUUCUAUAUAAAACAGGUUGUACAAGUAAAAAGCAGUGGGUAAAUAUCAGCUCAAAAGAGCAGAACAUCAAAGGCAGAGGGGAUCCAUGUGUAUUUACUAUGUAUUACAGGUCAGGUGCUAUUUUUCUUAGCUAUGCUUCAGUGAUAUCUCUGGGACACCAUAGUAACCAGGUCUUGUGUUUGAUUAUACUCAGGGCCCGUGUGUGUGUGAAAAAAAACCUGUAUAAUAAAAAGGACCUUUUGAAUAUGG